AUGCCCAAGAAGUGUACAGCUAUAACCAAGGGGCUGCUGCACUUUGAUGAUUUCAACUAUCAGCUGCUGAAGUGUGAUGGGAAAGACUGGCAGGCCUGGAGUCCCAGCUCUGGCAAUGAUGCUACCAACAUUGGCAGCUGCCAGCAGGACUGGUAUGAAUUUGAUGGACGGUGCUACAAGCCCAUGGAUGAACGCUUGUCCUGGGACGAAUCUGAGGACAAGUGUGUCAAAAUGUUUAAUGGACACCUGACUUCUGUUCGAUCAGUACGACAGUUACAGUGGCUAACUGAGAAAAUGUCUAACAAAGGAUUUUGGAUUG